AUGUCCGAAAUUGCAGAUAAUAUCUUGUCUGUCAUUAUGGUCAUUGCACCUACAGUUGGCUACUUUGAUCAAUACCGUAUCAUUGUAAAAAACAAAACUAGCUUGGGCUUCAACUCGGUGACAUGUGCUAUUCUCUGUUUUGCAAACAUUUUGAGAUUGUUUUUCUGGCUUGGCAAACGAUUCGACAACACAUUGCUGUUCCAGUCGAUUGCCAUGUUGACCGCCAUGUUGGCAUUACUGCAAAUAGUGGUGAAAUACAAACCUCAUGAUUUACCAUUUACACCACUUAUCCGACAUGAUUCAGCCUCAUCUUACAGUUCUUCCAACUCUUCUCAUCAUCACGGUGCUGCUAUUGAGCAAAGAAUCGAGCUAAAAUGGUACCAACGUACCUUUUGGGAUUGGAAUUACUUUAUUGAUUAUGUAAACUGCCUCUUGCUCUUCACCAGUGUUGUUGGCAUUCUUUACGUCUUUUUGCACGAGCAUGAAUGGUUCAUUGAGGCUCUUGGAUUCUUGAGCUUAGGCAUUGAAAGCACGCUGCCGUUGCCUCAAUUACUGACCAAUUUCAAGAAUAGAAGUGUGGAUGGAUUCAGUUUAUUGAUCUUGGCUAGUUGGUUUUUGGGAGACUCCUUCAAGGCAUUCUACUUUUUUUACCAACAUUCACCUAUCCAAUUUGUUGCCUGCGCCAUCAUUCAACUCACGUUUGAUACCAUCAUUGUAUUCCAGUUUAUUUUAUUCUCUAGCUAUGUCAAGAAGCUACUAGGCAUUGGACAGCCAAUCGCACUAGAUCAAGAAGAUCAAGAAUAUGAGCCCAUCAAUUAA